GUUGGGUCCGCCGCGCAAGGCCGCAGGGGGGCCGGGCCGCCAGGCGGCUCCUCACUGGCGCAGGCCGCGCUCGUGACGGGAAGGCGAGGCCCGUUUCGGCCCCGCCUACGGCGACUCCUCUUCCCUUCUCUGCGCCUGCUUCCCCCCCCCCGCUCCACGCCGUGGCCGGGUUACUGCCGCCCGUUGGACUACUCCGCAAACCCGCUUGGAGGAGAUUCGCUCCCGCCCUCCUUCCGCGUUGACUCCUUCCUUCGGUUUUUAUUUUUCAUUUGCAGGCCCCACGAAGCCCGCCGGCCUGUGAGAGAGCCUCUUCCGGCCAGCCAAGCUGGCCUCCGCCGACGCCAUGGAGCCCUGUACGACGGCGGGCGGCACCAACGAGAAAAAAAAGAUCAGUUCAGAGCGCAGAAAGGAGAAGUCUAGAGAUGCAGCCAGGUGCCGGAGGAGUAAGGAAUCGGAGGUGUUCUAUGAACUUGCUCACCAGUUGCCUCUUCCUCACCAUGUGAGCGCACAUCUUGAUAAAGCCUCUAUUAUGAGGCUAACAAUCAGCUACCUGCGCAUGAGAAAAUUGCUUGAUGCAGGUGACCUGGAGGCAGAAGCUGAAAUGGAGACACAGCUUAAUUGCUUUUACUUAAAAGCUCUUGAUGGAUUUGUCAUGGUUCUCUCGGAGGAUGGAGAUAUGGUCUACAUGUCUGAAAAUGUGAACAAGUGUAUGGGGCUCACACAGUUUGAGUUGACUGGACACAGUGUGUUUGAUUUUACUCAUCCGUGUGACCAUGAAGAGCUGAGGGAAAUGCUGACCCACCGAAAUGGUCCUGUGAAAAAGGGGAAGGAGCCGACUACAGAACGCAGCUUUUUCCUUAGAAUGAAGUGUACUUUGACCAGCAGAGGAAGAACUGUCAAUAUAAAGUCUGCCACGUGGAAGGUACUUCACUGCACAGGGCACAUUCGUGUCUAUGAGAAUUGCAACAAUCAGACAGUGUGCGGGUAUAAAAAGCCUCCCAUGACAUGUCUGGUGUUAAUCUGUGAACCUAUCCCCCAUCCAUCAAAUAUCGAAGUUCCCUUGGACAGCAAGACGUUCCUCAGCCGCCACAGCCUGGACAUGAAGUUUUCAUAUUGUGAUGAAAGGAUUACGGAACUGAUAGGGUACGAUCCUGAAGAGCUCUUGGGUCGCUCCAUAUAUGAAUAUUAUCACGCCCUGGACUCAGAUCAUCUGACCAAAACUCAUCACGACAUGUUCGCUAAAGGGCAAGUGACCACGGGUCAGUACCGAAUGCUUGCCAAGCACGGGGGCUACGUCUGGGUCGAAACUCAAGCGACUGUCAUAUACAACACUAAGAAUUCCCAGCCACAGUGUAUCGUGUGUGUGAACUACGUCUUGAGUGGCAUUGUUCAAGAGGACUUAAUUUUUUCACUCCAGCAAACUGAGCGUAUGUUGAAACCGGUGGAUUCGCCUGAGAUAGGAAUGAUCAAAAUAUUUGAGAAGACUGAACUGGAAGACAGCAGCAGCCUCUUUGAGAAAUUUAAGGCGGAACCAGAUGCGUUAACAUACCUUGCUCCAGCGGCCGGAGACACCAUAAUAGCAUUAGAUUUUAGCAGUGAUGAGUCUGAUGAGCACCAGUUCGAUGACGUUCCGUUGUAUAAUGAUGUGAUGCUCCCCUCAUCUAGUGAGAAAGUACAGAGUAUAAAUUUGGCUAUGUCCCCUCUGCCUGUGUCUGAAGCUACAAAGCCACUCCGUAGCAGUGCUGAUCCAGCACUCAACAGAGAGGUGGUGUCCAAGCUGGAGCCCAGCACGGAGCCCUUGGAUCUUGCUUUCUCCACCCAUCAGACGCAAGACCAGCCUGACACCGCUUCUGAUGGAAGCACUAGCCAAAGCUCACCCGAGCCCAGUAGUCCUCCUAAUGACUAUUGCUUCGAUGUGGGUAAUGAGAUGGCCAGUGAGUUCAAGCUGGAGCUGGUGGAAAAGCUGUUUGCAAUAGACCCAGAGUCAAAAAACCCAUUCUCCAUGCAGGAAACUGAUUUAGAUCUGGAAAUGUUGGCACCCUACAUCCCCAUGGACGAUGACUUCCAGUUGCGUUCCUUUGACCAGCUUUCUCCAUUGGAAAACAGUUCAACAAGCUCUCCUUCCAAAGUGGCCAACGCCACGGGAUAUCCGCCAACAACAAUGUCAUUGUCUGCCAUAGACAAGAUACAACCAGUGAUGAUCAAACGUGAGGAUGAACUGAAGACACUAAUAGCUCCUGUUCACAUCAUCAUAGAAGCCAACAAUGCCCCAGAACCGCCCUAUGCCAAGAAUCUAAGUCGAACUACAUCUCCAGUCAGAGAAGGAAAAGGCACGAUAGAGCAGAAAGAGAAGUCGAGUCCGGGAACGCCAAACUUGCCAACAGUCACGCUGGGUAAAAGUAGAUCGACAGCUGCAGUGAAUGAAGAAAUCAAUCCAAAAUUAAUAGCUCUGCAUAAUAUUCAGAGGAAACGAAAAAUGGAGCAGGAUGGUUUGCUCUUCCAAGCAGUGGGAAUUGGCACGUUAUUGGUGCAAUCAAGUAAUCCUGGAGGAAAUGUACCUCUGGCUUGGAAACGUGUAAAAGGAUGCAAAUCUAGCGGACAGAAUGAGGUGGCGGAGAAGACAGUCAUUUUGUUACCAUCAGAUAUUGCUAGUAAACUUUUAGGGCAGUCCAUUGAUGAGAAGGGACUCCCGCAACUUACCGGCUAUGACUGUGAAGUGAAUGCUCCCAUACAAGGUAACCGGAACUUGCUACAAGGUGAAGAGUUGCUCAAAGCCCUGGAUCAAGUCAACUGAGCUUUUCCUCCACGCACAAUUGUUCUGUUUUCUUGGACACUGGUGACUCACCACCUAAAAGCAGUCUAUUUAUAUUUUCUAUAUCUGAUUUUAGAAGCCUGGCUACAAAAACUGCACUAAUUCAGUUGGUUUGGUUCUGAUCUCCUUUCUACUUUGGACAGCCUUAUUAAAAAAAAAAAACAGUGUUCUUUAUGUAACAGUAACUUGGCUAAUGGUGCAUUUUUGGUACUAAGUUCAGUACAUUUAGAACACGCUUGCAAUGGCAGCUUUGAAGUAAGCACCUUUUUAAAAAGUAUUUAUUUUUAUUUUGAGGUUUUUUUGUCACUGAAAAAAUUUCUAUCAAAUGAAACAUCACCACAGUGAAACUGCCUGAGCCUUCUGUCAUGUGGGUUGAAGGCAUUGUGUGCUUUGUUGCUCUGAUGUUCAGAUAAAUUUUUACUUUUUUAAAAAAGAAAGAAACAUUGUUUUGCAGCAGUGCAUUUGUAGCCACAAUCGCACAAUCUAUUUUCUUAAGAAAAUAACAAAAUGCCAGCAGUUCCUCAUGCAAUAUAUUCUGCAUUUAUAAAGCUAGUUUUUAAAGGAUUUUUUAAAAUUUCUUUUCUCUUCCACUUUUUUAUGUUUAUUGCCUGUGAAAUCAUGUAGAAAUUUUGGAGCAAUGCUAUUUUUUGUUAUGUUGCUCUUAAAUGCUGUAUUUAAUGUCCAUGUGUGGUUAGGGGGGACAAAAGGGGGGUGAUCUUGAGAGUCUAGCCACAUUUGGGCCUUUUAUAGGUAAAAGAUGACCAGCGAGAGGGUUGUAAAAUUAUGAAUAGUUGUGGGGCAAGCAGAUAAAGAAUCCCCCCCCUCCUUUUUGCAGUUCUUGAACUCUGGCUUUCCCAAUGAAGAUAGUUUCAGGACAGACAGAAAGCAUUUCUUCACACAAUGCAUUAAUUCACUACCACAAUGUGGUGAUGGCCAUUGGCUUAUAUGCUUUCAAAAAGAUUACCCUUAGAGGGAUAGGUCUAUCAAAGGCUGCCAGGGAAGGGUUUUUGUUCUCCUCGUGCCCUAUUUUUGGGCUUUCUGGAAGCAUCUGGUUGCACUGGGUGGACAUUUUGGUCUGCCCCAGCAAGGUCCUUCUUAUGUUAUUUAUGUGGAUAAAUUCUCUUAACUGGGGAGGGGGAGAGAAGAAGAGGUUUUCAGUGUUUUUAAAGUAGUUGCUUUUCCAUCUCAGAGAGAGAAAUUUCCCCUUGCCUAUAGCUGUGAAGGUUUCAUGCUAAUAUUGUGUAUCUAAUAACUGAAUCUCAAUGUUUCCGAUGACCCUGUUUUGUAGAGGUGAUAUUUCAAGCAAAUCAUAAAACAAUCCUGCCUUGUUAGCAGAGUUGCCUAGUUUCAUUCCUCAGUUGCUUGGUAAUAAUUGAUGUUUUGGUUUUUAUGCACCUUGUUGCUAUUAACAUCCAUAUGUUUUAUUUUUGUUAACCAUAGGUUUCAGUAAUAUUGAAUAUAUUUUAGAAACUUUUUUGUUUAGGGGAUAUGUCACAACACAUCUACGUUUCCUUCUUAGUGCUGUAUAAUAAUCCCCCUUCCCACUCAUUUCUUUUCCCUCUCUUUUGUGAUUGGAUCUAACACUAACUGUAUUGUUUUAUUACAUCAAUAAACUAUAUGUGGACCAGG